ACUAGCAUUUAUACACAGACUACAAUAAGCAUAAAAUAUUAGUAUUUAGUACUAUUUUUUUAUUCGCGUUUCCGCGAAACGUAGCGAAAUGAAAGUGUGCCAAAACAAAGCAGAAAGAGAGUUAUAGAAGUGUUUUUAAAAGUGGCUGCAAUAUGAUGAUCGAUCUUAACACCGUGCCAUUGUCUGCACUUACAAAUGAAUCUCGAAAUUUAUUGUCAUCUCGUUUAAAUACAAAAAAAGUUUUGCCAAUCGUUGGACCUGAUCAUCUUUCACGACACAGAGACUGGAGGGGUCUGGCAUCACUCGCAAAUAUAUCAACUGAAGAAGCAGCGACUUUAAAUGACUGUCAGGACAAAACAGCUAAGGUCCUAGAUGUAUGGACAAAAUUUAAUGAUGGAACAGCUAUGGUUGGCCGCCUUUUAGAUUACCUUCAAAUAUUAGACAGAUAUGAUGUUUAUGAAGACUUACUUGUGCUGGCUAGAGAAGAAAAACUGAUAGUUUCAAGAAAUCAAACUAAUAACAACCAGGUGGUUGUGGCUGUGGACGGCAGCGAUGAAGAUAUCAUCACAUAUGAUGAUAAGCUGUUUGGCCAACCACAGAGGUAUCAUGCUUAUGUACUCUACGCUAAAGAAGAUAAGGAUUUCGUUGAUGAACUGCUUAUUCGAAUGAGAAGUGAGGGUUUUAAGAUAUGUACAGAGGAGGACCUGGUGGCGGGACACGCGACUCAGUUCCAGCCCGUGUCGCGACUUAUCUCAGAACGCUGCCGCUACAUCGUGCUGAUCUACUCGCCGGAUUUCCUGCGUAGCCCCGCUAUUAAUUUCUGCAUGAACCUGGCACAAGCAGACGCUAUAAGCAAGCGACAGAGCAAGAUGAUCCCGGUGAUGUAUCGCCACUGCGUGCUGCCCGACCACAUCGCGCACUACCACAGCCUGCGCUACAGCGAGCCGGGACCGCACUCUUUCUACAACUUCUGGGAGCGCCUCUCGCAGUCGCUGCGCAUCGUCGAUACGCCGAGAUUAAACAGUGCCAGUUCAACGCACUCUGCAAUGAAUAUUGCUGAACUAUCACGAGGCCUCAAUAAUGGAUACCAAAAAGUCAAUGGUUACAAAGAACAUCAACUUGCUCUACCAAGUGUGCCUACUGACACAUCUAGCAUGACCGAUUUAUACCAUCUACAAGUGGACUAUGCUAAUUCUUAUGAAACAAAGUCCUUAAGCAAUACAAGCCAAUCCAGCGAAGGGAAGAAGAAGAAAUCUGGACCGUUCAGAAAAAUUAUCAAUACCUUUAGAGGCAAGAAACACAAAAAAGCUAUUGCUGUCGAGAACUGAGACAAGGAAAAUGGUCAAAAGGAGUAAUUUUGUUGUAAUGUAAUCGACCCUGAGAAAGGCGAUACAGUUGAUUUGUUAAAGAGAAUACCUUGACUACAAGGUGAGAUUUUGCAAAUAAUGAGUAUAAUACAAUGAUAUUUCUUCAUUUAAAGUUUAAACAUACUAUAAGGGAUAUUUCACAAUAGCCAUAUACCCACUACCUUCAUCCAAAACUUAGAAUAACUUGAUAUUUCUACAACUCUAAAUUUAUUUCAAAAAUCAUCUAUAGUUGGUAGUGUUGUUCUCUGGUUUGAAGAGCGAAUGAAUUGAAUGAUUGUCAAAGAACAUAACAGCUUCAGUCCCAUUUGGUGCUACAUUGAUGAUUAGGAUUUAUAUAUUUUACAGUGUCUUUUAAUGAUGUACCAUGUACUGUCGGGUGGUCCAUUUGCUGGUCUGCCUUCGUGCUAUAAAUAAAAAAUAUAUAUUUAUAUAAAAAAUGUUAUCUUAGUGUAUAUAAAUCGUACAAGUAUAUAUAUGUACAGGUUGCGUAACUGAGUUACUAUUUGUUACAUAUAUUAUAUAUUAAGUGUUCAAUAUUUAUAAUGAAAAUAUUUUUGCUAUUUUAUGACUUUUUAAAAAUUAUGUAAAAUCAAGUUAUAUACUUUUAUGUAAAAAAUAUUAAUAUUUUUACAGUAAUGUAUUGUUAUGAUAAAUAAAUCAUAGUUAAAUAUAACGAAAUAAUUGUUAAAUUUAUAAUUUUCCUUGAAGAACAAAAAAAGUUUUUUCCUAGUUCAAUCUUCAAUAGAGGUUGUCUGGAAAUGAUGUAACUCUUUAAGUGUCACUGUAAGCAAAUCAUUUAAAAAAAUAUAUGUGCUAAUAAUAUAAGCUUAACAUUGCUUAUACAAUCAAUACUACUCAAAAAUCUGGCAGUCCAUUGUUUUUUGAAUACCAAAAUUAAGAGCUAUAUAUAUAGGCUAAUAGCCUUUUUGAGAACACGGAAAUAAAAUAAACAGUUCUGAAAAAUAAAAAUGAAACUUUUUCAUUUUUUAUAUCACUUGUAGAUGAACAAGGUGCUAUAUUAAGUUACAUUCAUCAGAAUAGCUAUGGGAAAUAUUAAUCGAUGGGUAUA